GACCAGGACCAUGGAGCCCAGUGUCCUGCUCCUCCUUGCUCUCCUUGUGGGCUUCUUACUACUCAUGAUCAGGGGCCACCCAAAGGCUCGUGGUCACCUUCCACCAGGACCCCGUCCCCUGCCCCUCUUGGGAAACCUCCUUCAGAUGGACAGAAGAGGCCUCCUCAACUCCUUUAUUCAGCUUCAAAAAAAAUAUGGAGACGUGUUCACAGUGUACCUGGGACCGAGGCCUGUAGUCAUGUUGUGUGGGACAGAUGCCAUAAGGGAAGCUCUGGUGGACCAAGCUGAGGCUUUCUCUGGCCGGGGGACCAUUGCUGUGUUUGACCCAACUGUACAAGGACAUGGUAUGAUCUUUUCUAAUGGGGAACGCUGGAAGACACUUCGGAGAUUCUCUCUGGCCACCAUGAAAGAUUUUGGGAUGGGCAAGCGAAGUAUAGAGGAGCGGAUUCAAGAGGAGGCCCAAUAUCUGGUGGAGGAGCUGCAGAAAUCCCAGGGAGCUCCCCUGGAUCCUACUUACCUCUUCCAGAGCAUCACAGCCAACAUCAUCUGCUCCAUUGUCUUUGGAGAGCGCUUUGACUACAAAGACCGCCAGUUCCUGCACCUACUGGAUGUGAUCUAUCGGACCUUCCCGCUCAUCAGCUCAUUCUCCAGCCAGGUGUUUGAGCUCUUCUCUGGCUUCCUGAAGUACUUUCCUGGUACCCACAGACAAAUCUACAAAAACCUGCAGGAAAUCCUUGACUACAUUGGCCACAGCGUGGAGAAGCACCAGAAAACCUUGGACCCCAACAAUCCAAGAGACUUCAUUGAUACCUACCUUAUACGCAUGGAGAAGGAGAAGUCCAACCAACACACAGAGUUCCAUCACCAGAACCUCAUGAUCUCUGUGCUGUCUCUCUUCUUUGCUGGCACUGAGACCAGCAGCACCACGCUCCGCUUUGGCUUCCUGCUCCUGCUCAAAUACCCCCAUGUUGCAGAGAAAGUCCAAAAGGAGAUCGAUCAGGUGAUCGGCUCACACCGCCCACCAUCCCUUGAUGACCGCACCAAAAUGCCUUACACUGAGGCUGUUAUUCGGGAGAUCCAGAGAUUUGCAGAUAUUAUCCCCACUGGAGUGCCGCACAAAGUCACCAAAGACACUUUGUUCCGAGGGUACCUGCUCCCCAAGAACACUGAAGUGUACACCAUCCUGAGUGCAGCUCUUCAUGACCCACGGUACUUUGAACAACCAGAUGCCUUCAAUCCUGACCACUUCCUGGAUGCCAGUGGGGCUCUGAAGAAAACUGAAGCAUUUAUGCCCUUCUCUAUAGGGAAAUUCAAAGAGAUGUGGAGUGUGGGAAAGCGCAUUUGUCUUGGUGAAGGCAUUGCCCGCAACGAAUUGUUCCUUUUCUUCACCACCAUCCUCCAGAACUUCUCUGUGUCCAGCUGUGCUGGUCAUGGUGUCUUAGCAGUGUAA